CUGCCGCCUCAGACCGGCUGGUGGGGAGGAAUGGCCGCGUCUCAGCCCAGGGGGGGCCGAGCCCCAGCCGCAGCCGCAGCCCCCGCAGGCCGGGCCAAGCUGACCCACCCGGGGAAGGCCAUCCUGGCAGGUGGCAUCGCUGGAGGUAUUGAGAUCUGCAUCACUUUCCCUACGGAAUAUGUCAAAACACAGUUGCAACUGGACGAAAGGGCCAACCCUCCUCGGUACAGAGGCAUUGGUCACUGCGUGAGGCUGACUGUACAAGAUCACGGCUUUCGAGGGCUGUACCGGGGCCUCAGCUCUCUGCUCUAUGGAUCCAUUCCAAAAUCUGCAGUCAGAUUUGGAGUCUUUGAGUUCCUCAGCAGUUAUGCCAAGGAUUCAAAUGGAAAACUGGACAGCAAGAAGAGUUUAUUCUGUGGCCUUGGAGCAGGCGUGGCAGAGGCCGUGGUGGUUGUCUGUCCCAUGGAGACUGUCAAGGUGAAGUUUAUCCAUGAUCAAGGCUCUCCCAAUCCCAAAUACCGAGGAUUUUUCCACGGGGUGCGUGAAAUUGUGCAAGAACAAGGUCUGCGUGGGACAUAUCAAGGCCUCACAGCCACUGUCCUCAAACAAGGUUCCAACCAGGCCAUCCGAUUCUUUGUGAUGACUUCUUUCCGUAACUGGUAUUUAGGGGACAGUCCCCACAAGGAGAUGAAUCCCUUUGUCACAGCUAUGUUCGGGGCAACUGCAGGUGCCGUCAGCGUCUUUGGCAACACUCCCCUAGAUGUCAUCAAAACCAGGAUGCAGGGAUUGGAAGCCCACAAAUAUAAGAGCACGCUGGAUUGUGCUUACCAGAUCCUUAAAAACGAGGGCCCCGUGGCAUUCUACAAAGGGACCAUUCCACGUCUCGGCCGGGUUUGUCUGGAUGUGGCCAUUGUGUUUGUGAUUUACGAAGAAGUGGUAAAACUUCUCAACAAGGUCUGGAAAACCAUUUGAUGGACUUGACCAAAAAAGGAUCUGAGAAGGCUGAUGGAUUCUCAAAAUACUAGGAAAAGCAAUGUUUUUGUUUGUGGGGCCAACUGUGCCAGCCGCUGGCACCAAAGGACUCUUGAUCGCUGCAGUGGACUACUUGUGGGAACAUUUUAAAUGAAAAGGCUAAGCAAAGAACUGGUGAUAUCCCCCCAUCCAUCUACUUCAGGACUGUGGCACUGUAUAGGCCCACAGAUGCUUGAAGAACGCAAUGUAUCUCACCUCCUGAGGGUGGCAAUGCAGCCAAGCUUUGUUCGGUAGUAUCAUUUUCGGAGCACUGAAAUGCAGUCCAAUGUGGUUUAAGCUCCCGUGGAUACACUCCUUAUGCAGUACUUAACGGGAAACAUGAUUGAAACCCAUUUGCUACCAGAAUCUGCAGGGGCUGCUCUAGCAUAAACCAAACUAGGGCUAACAGAUUUACUCCAACUAACUUGUAUGCUUACAAACUCCUCUUAAAACAUUACCGAAUGCUAUUUUGUCCUUUCAUGGCAAAGGACCACCAUACACUACUAUUUGAUAGUAUGGAGAGUGAUGCAUUACAGCUUUUGUGAGCAGGGGAAGGGAGCAACCUUUUGAUCCAUGAGGGGUCUGGGAGAAUUAAGUGGCAAAUGGCGUCCGGGUUGACAAACUGAACUUCAUAUGUACAGUUCAGCUGCUGUUUCUUUAACACAAUACUGGUCUUAAACAUAGACUUCUGAAGCCUUUACAGAGGGGAAGACAUGCAUCUUCCACCCUGCCCUUGGAAAUCCUCUCUGUGCAAAUCCUUGCAAGAUUAGGCAGUAGUGUAAAAUCCCAGAGAGCUGGGGCUUUUCCGGGUCGAGGACCUUUAAUGCCCUUAAGUUGCCUUUUUUCUUAUCAGUGCAGCUAAACCCAACAUCUGGCUCUCCGUCCCCCCACAAAUGUCUUAAGACAGAAGGCACAGAGAGAUGUAUUGGCUGCCUUCUCUUUAGAUACAGCAUGCGAAGAAGCUGUUUUGUGCCACUAUAAUAUUUUGCCACUUUGUGAGCUUGCCCUGAGCUGCCCUUGGCUCCGGUUUCAGGCAACUUGGGCCUUAGCCUGUCUGUGCUCCGCUUGUUUAAACUCAUUUCAUACUUGUUGCUGCGGCUCCCAGCUAAAUCUUGGGCUCGGAAAAUCUUGGUGAAGCCCAUCUGAGAGCUGAUUCCAAGUUCCUUUGCUGCACUGCAGACGUCCAACUCCCUUGCAAGAACCUGUAGCAAAACUAUUGCAGACUGGUUUAAUCCCUGCCCCCCCAAAGCAUUUGAAGAAGAGAUGGUGCUUGUUUCUGAGGUCAAAUGCAACCACUCCACUUGGCUGACCGUCAGUGUUAAAAAGGAGAAGCCAGUGGUCAGAGAAGUCGAUCCAAGGAUUGUUCCUUGGAUUUGUCCUUGGGAUCGUCCCUUGGGUUUGUUCUCGACACAGAUGCACCUCACUGCAUCCUUGGCCUGAGAAAAGAAUUUCUUCUGUUUGUGCCUUUCUAACAUCGGCCUUUUGAACUUUCUCUCUGAUUUGCUGCUGCUUUUUUGUCGUUGUGUUACUUUUGAAGCACUGUUCAUGGUGUACAGGUUCACACGUUUCACUUUCAAGGAUAAACAAAGUCUUAUACAUACA